AUGCCCCGACGACAAUAUGCAGCCGUGCCCUCAAACGACGUUGAUGAUAACGAAUUAGAGCAAGCGUUCGCUAUCUCAGACGAUGAGGACGCCGGAAGGGAAACUCACGAUCGCACACCGCUACUCCCUCCAACAGAGGAGCAAGGUGAACAGUCUCCACUCCCAGUACAAACACCUCGUACUGUCCACAGUCAACGGACUAUCAAUGGGAGAUACAACUUUGACUACGAUUUCCCCCCUCCUGGCUCCCCACCUACCGAUCGUGCUGGUGUGAACCACUGGGGCAACACCAACGGCGUCGUUAUCGCGGGUCCUAUAAAUUAUAACUUUCAUUCUUCUCAAGGGAACUGGUUUUCUCGCGCCUGGAGCUCGCUACGAGGAGGAAAUAGCCGUGGGAUCGAACCGUCUGGGAGGAUUGGAGGUGGUUCCAACAACGAUGGCGUUUUCGCGAAUUUGUCGUCCAGACCGACGAAUGCUAGACGUGCUAAUGCUACUCGUGAUACAGCUCAGCAAGACGAUGUCGAAAUUGAGACGAUAUUCCACGCUCCAGAGGUAGCCCGCGACGACGCGCCUCCUUCGUAUUGGGCUGCACAGGCCGACACUGCACCGCCCUAUUGGGAAAACACCGUCCACGCCACCGUCCAAGACGAAUUUUUAAUCGAUUCUAUACCAGCUGGAUCCAUAUUUGGCUUCUUAGGCGUCAUCAGUCCCAUUCUGGGCGGUAUGGCGCAAAGGCAGGCUUGGGAAUCACCUUUAUACGACUCGGGCUCUGGUUCCGGAACCGCCCUCAAGGAAACGACGACCCUGUUGGACUACCUGGAGAAAUCUGGUGGCCCAGCCCGGAUGCCACAUCCACUCACCCAGCCCCUACCCCCACCCGACUACCCAGUCUGUCCAACCACACGACAAGUAGCACACAUCAUCAUUCAGCUUCAAACUCUACCCUGCUCCACCAUGAUGGUUAUUGGAUGGUUCAUUUUCAUGUCCUCGUUGUUGGGAUUCUGGAGAGUUAAGCGCUGGGAGAGAAGCAUUCGGGCGUCUCAAGCAGAGACCGUUGCCCAAGAAGAGUCUGAACAGGAGGACGCCUCAAAUUCCAACCAAACUCCUGAUGCCGUCAAUGUGCGUUCCACUUCCCCUAUCACCGCCCAAUUACGGGACGCGGAGCUCGGUGGCUUACCACCGAUACAUUAUAGUCGCGAGCAUGAAGGUGUUGCUGAACACGAUCAUGAAGCUGCUCAAAAUGAAGAACGAUUACGUCGCGACUUGGCUUCCGUUGGUUACUUUUAA